AUGGACCUCAAAGGCGCCCAUGUCCUCAUCACCGGCGGCACUCAAGGUGUGGGCGAGGCUCUCGUAACGUACUUUCUAGCGCAAGGAGCAGAAGUCUCCUACUGCGCACCUACAGUCAGCAACACCGAAUUCAGCGAGUUCCACAACUCCCUACCCAACACCAACACCGCGCGCGCCGUCGGCACUGCAUUAGACAUGCUGGACAUAGAGGCUGUAGAGGACUGGGUCAUGGAUUCAGUGCGUCGAGUCGGCAGGCUUGAUCUGGUUAUUGCCAAAGCAUCGGACAUGCAGAUGGACGAAGAACGUACCGAUACCCAAAUCCAGUUGCCGUCCACAUUGGCCGCUGAGAUCCUGAGCCUUAGAAAGCUCAUCCGCGCCACAGCGCCGCACCUGGCGAACGCUCCGCAAGCAUCCAUCGUAAUUCUGGGCUCAUUCAUAACCCGCAAGCUCUCCCGUCCCCCACCGGUAUCGUUCAGCCUCAGAAGGGCCACGCAGCUACAGCGUGCUCAUGAUCUGAUUGAGCACCUAGGAGCCAAGGGGAUCCGGGUUACUGCGAUCUCAUCAGGGUCGAUUCUGGGGGUUUAUAGCAGGCGACAGCAGUUUUCGGGAACACUGCCUGAGCGUGAGGUGGAAGAGAGGCUUGGGGAGCUAGGUAAUGUGAAUGAGCUUGUGAAGUCUGUGGCGCUGCUGUUGUCCGAUCCCGCCGCGUGGCCGGAUGCUGGUAGCCACUGUUUGGUUGAUGGGGAUAUUCAAAUUGUUACGCGGAUCUAG